CUGCGCCUCGGCUCGGGCCUCCUCCCUCCCUCCCUGUCCGCUGCCGGCGGCCGCUCGCUCGCUCUCCCCGCGCCGCUGCCCGAGAGCCAUGGCGGACCAGCCCGCAGAGCCGGCCCCGGCCCCGGCGCCCCCGCCCCCGCCGGCGGCUCGCAGCGCCUGCUCUUCUCUCACGACCUGGUGUCGGGCCGCUACCGGGGCUCGGUGCGCUUCGGCCUGGUGCGCCUCAUCCACGGCGAGGACUCCGACUCGGAGGAGGACGAGGGCGGCCGCGGCGCCGGGGCCGGCAGCUCGGGGGGCUCGGAGUGCGGGGGCCCCGGGGCCGGCGGGGCCGAGGAGAGCCGGGCCAGCCCCCUGCGCCGCGGCUACGUGCGGGUCCAGUGGUACCCGGAGGGCAUCAAGCAGCACGUCAAGGAGACCAAGCUGAAGCUUGAGGAUCGCUCAGUCGUCCCUCGGGAUGUGGUCAGACACAUGAGCUCAAAUGACAGCCAGUGCGGGACUGUAAUCGAUGUAAACAUAGAGUGUGCUGUGAAGCUGGUUGGAACCAACUGUAUCCUCUAUCCUGUCAACAGCAAAGACCUACAGCAUAUCUGGCCAUUUAUGUACGGCGACUACAUAGCCUUUGACUGUUGGCUAGGGAAAGUCUAUGACUUAAAGAACCAAGUCAUCCUGAAGCUCUCCAAUGGAGCCAGGUGUUCUAUGAGCACAGAAGAUGGAGCAAAGCUCUAUGAUGUCUGCCCUCAUGUCAGUGACUCAGGCCUUUUCUUUGAUGACUCGUAUGGCUUUUAUCCUGGGCAAGUCCUCAUUGGUCCCUCAAAAGUCUUCUCCAGUGUGCAGUGGCUUUCAGGUGUGAAGCCCGUCCUGAGCACAAAGAGCAAGUUCAGAGUGGUGGUGGAAGAGGUACAAGUGGUGGAACUAAAGGUUACUUGGAUCACUAAAAGUUUCUGUCCUGGAGGUACUGACAGUGUAAGUCCCCCACCUUCGGUAAUCACGCAGGAGAACUUGUCCAGAGUAAAGCGUCUGGGGUGCUUCGACCAUGCACAGAGGCAGCUCGGGGAAAGAUGCCUCUACGUAUUUCCUGCCAAAGUGGAACCUGCAAAAAUCACUUGUGAAUGUCCAGAGAGAAACUGUGUUCUGGGGGAAGGAUCAGUCGCCAAGAAGGUGAGGAGAUUGCUGAAAAAACAGAUUGUGAAGAUCAUGUCAUGCACCCCAGAUUCUCAGGGUACCAAUGAAUCGCCCGAUGGAGAGUCUACUGCAGCUGCUGACCAAAAAUCGGAAGAACUUAAAACCAGAUCCAACUGUGAACUAGGGGACUCUGCCAAUGGCACACUAAACCUGGGGGAGAUAAAGGAGGAGCAGCCUGAAGAAAUGGGAAAGGAGACUUCUUGCACAGCAGCUGGGCGACAACAGCAGCCACCUUUCCUGUUGAAAGAUGAUGGGUCACCUGACUACAGGCUCCAGUCAAUGGAACAAGAUGCUGAUGAUGAGGCAGCCGACGACACAGAUGACACCAGCUCUGUGACCUCUUCGGCGAGCUCCACUGCCUCUUCCCAGAGUGGCAGCGGCAUAGGGCGCAAGAAGAGCAUUCCCCUCUCUAUCAAAAACUUGAAGCGGAAGCAUAAGAAGAAGAAGACUAAGAUCUCCAGGGAGUUUAAACCAGGAGACAGAGUUGCUGUAGAAGUGGUGACCACGAUGACUUCAGCUGAUGUGAUGUGGCAGGAUGGCACUGUGGAGACCAAUAUUCGCUCCAACGAGUUGUUUCCAGUCCAUCAUCUGGACAACAAUGAGUUUUGCCCUGGGGACUUCGUGGUGGACAAAAGAGCUCAGACCUCCCAGGACCCUGCUGUGUAUGGAGUGGUGCAGUCAGGCGACCACAUCGGCCGCACCUGUAUGGUGAAGUGGUUCAAGCUGAAGGCCAGCGGAGACGAUGUCGAGCUGAUGGGGGAGGAAGAGGAUGUGAGCGUGUAUGAUAUUGCCGAUCACCCCGACUUCCGCUUCCGAACCACCGACAUCGUGAUUCGCAUCGGCAAUGCCGAGGACGGAGCCUUGGCCAAGGAAGAUGAGCCCUCGGUAGGACAGGUGGCUCGCGUUGAUGUCAGCAGCAAAGUAGAAGUAGUCUGGGCUGAUAAUUCCAAGACCAUUAUUCUGCCUCAGCACUUGUACAACAUAGAAUCGGAGAUCGAAGAAUCUGACUAUGAUUCUGUAGAUGGCAGCACCAGCGGGGCAUCCUCCGAUGAAUGGGAGGAUGAGAGCGAUAGCUGGGAGACGGACAACGGCCUUAUGGAAGACGACCACCCAAAAACUGAAGAGCCGGAGCCUGAGGAGCCUGUAGCGGAAGAGGUGAAAAAAGUAGAGGAACAAGUGCAGGGUGCCGUGGCUAUGGCGGUUGCUGAUCUAACUGCAGAGAAAGCUGGGAAAGAGGGAGCCCCGAAAAGUUUCCGAGAGCUGAAGGAGGCCAUCAAGAUCUUAGAGAGCCUGAAGAACAUGACUGUGGAGCAGCUGCUGACGGGCUCUCCCACUUCGCCGACAGUAGAGCCCGAAAAGCCCACCCGGGAGAAGAAGUUCUUGGACGACAUCAAAAAGCUGCAGGAGAAUCUGAAGAAGACCCUGGAUAACGUGGCCAUUGUGGAGGAGGAGAAGAUGGAAGCUAUGGUGGAGACGGAGAAGAAAGAAGAAAAAGCUGAGGCGCAGACACCGGUGAGGUCGGAGUGGCCUAGUGAGACCCCAGUGCUCUGCCAGCAGAGCGGAGGCAAGCCUGGAGUCACCUUCACAAGUGCCAAGGGGGAGGUCUUCUCUGUGCUGGAAUAUGCCCCAGAUACCCACGCCUUUAAGAAAAUGGAGUUCCAACCACCAGAAGCCAAGAAGUUCUUCAGCACCGUGAGGAAAGAAAUGGCAUUGCUGGCAACCUCUCUGCCUGAUGGCAUCAUGGUCAAGACAUUUGAAGACAGAAUGGAUCUCUUCUCAGCACUUAUUAAAGGACCCACACGCACUCCUUACGAAGACGGCCUCUUCUUGUUCGAUAUCCAGUUACCCAACAUCUACCCGGCUGUCCCCCCUCUCUUCCGCUACCUCUCCCAGUGCAGCGGGAGACUGAACCCCAACCUGUACGACAACGGCAAGGUUUGCGUCAGCCUUCUGGGGACCUGGAUAGGAAAGGGCACAGAACGGUGGACCAGCAAAUCCAGCCUUCUCCAGGUGCUCAUCUCUAUCCAAGGACUGAUCCUAGUGAAUGAGCCCUAUUACAACGAGGCAGGGUUCGACAGCGACCGGGGCCUUCAGGAGGGCUACGAGAACAGCCGCUGCUACAACGAGAUGGCCUUGAUCCGCGUGGUCCAGUCCAUGAUGCAGAUGCUGCGCAAGCCGGUGGAGGUCUUUGAGCAUGAGAUCCGCGAGCACUUCCGCUGCAACGGCUGGCGCCUGGUCUACCGGAUAGAGUCCUGGUUGGAAACUAACGAGCUGGUGGAAAGGAGCCACGAGCAGCCCAAUGGGGCUGAUUCCUCCUCUCUCCUUUCUGUUUGUGGCACCCUGGCCGAGAGCCCGGUUGACAGUAUGGGAUUUCAGGGCGAGUACAGCAGCCCCUUGGAGCAGGAGCUGGGGGCAGCGGCGGCGGCCGAAUUUUCCGACUUGGCGCUAGAAGGGAAGGAGGAGCUGGAAGACUCUGGAUGUGGAGCCUCGACGCUCGCGCCCAGCGACGGCCAUCAGUAUUCAGACUCCGAGAGCACGGGCCACGCCAGAGGGCUCACCCUGGCGAGAGACCUAACGGACGAGUGUAAAGCCGCCCAGGACUCUGCCUCGCAGCCUAGUGUGAAACCAAAGAAAAGGAGAAAGAGCUACAGGAGCUUCCUCCCUGAGAAGAGUGGUUACCCUGACAUCGGCUUUCCCCUCUUCCCCCUGUCCAAGGGGUUCAUUAAAAGCAUCCGUGGUGUCUUGCAGCAGUACCGGGCUGCCUUAGUAGAGGCCAAUAUCCCUGAGUGGAGAGAGGACAAGUGAAACGUCGGGUUAGGGGCAGACAGAUGCAGAAGAGAAGGGGAAAGCAGCAAACGCUGUUCCCAAUAAACUGGCAUUGCUCGUUCCCGGCUCUUCCCCAGUUGGGUGUAUUUAUAAAGAAGGCAGUAGCCCAAAUAGCUCAUUCCCGGCUCUUUACUUCCCCCAACCCCUCCCCCAUUCCUCAUGUUCAUUUGAUCCUGAAGUGUAAGGAGUUGUGAGCCUACCAAAGCAGACUUGCAGCUGGGCCCCUCUGUGCUCUUUGGUCCCCAGGCACCUCUCUGUGCACAGUGGGCUCCACUCCCUGGCUGCUGUGUCUGACCCCAGUUGGGAUUCAGCCCUAAAGGUAUGGUUACUGUGGGCCGUGUCCUCCCAGUCCUUCCAUUUCCCUUCACUACCACGUCUUGUGGCUUUCAUGAAGUCUGUUCCAGCUUCAGAAUACUUUGACGUUAGACUCUGGUUGCAUCAAAGUCUCCUGCUCCCUACAGGGGUGCCUUCCCAUAGCUGGUCACUGGCUGAUUCUCAGCUCACCCACUCCUUUGUUUGGUACUUGGGGUGCAGAGAUGAAGUGCUACACAGGCUCCUGGUCAGCCCUGGGCAAUACCCUGGGGUUUCCCUGUGGUCCUAGCCCUCUGAUCUCUCGCCUGGAAGUAACUUCUCCAAAACAGUAAACACAUUUCCACUCCCUGUUCUCGCCAGACCUGCUUGCACUUUGCAAACGUACACGAGUCAGCUUCCUGCUGGCACUAUUGCAUCCAGCAGAAGCCUGGGAGCCCCAUGUGCACUGCUUCAGCUCAUGUCCAGUUGAUCAGCAGCAAAGGUGGAUUUAGGGUAGAUGUGUUGAUGUUAAACCUAGUGCUGCUGAUGCUUCUGCACCACUUCAGCUGUUAAAUUUCUCAGGCUACAGCUGUUCCUGAGGCUAGAUCACAAGUAUAGACCUGUACCUGUGGGGGUGUGACUUCACUCCUGCUGCGGCAGCACGGGCUGCAGUAGGACACCGCAUCUUUAACAAACACAGCUUUCACUGUGUGAGCCACUACGCAUCCCCAGCCCUGCGCAGGCCGGGAGCCAGCAGCAUUGGAGACCUUGCAUGUACAUCCGUAAUGCCAUCUACGGUGCUGCCGGGUAGCUAUAGGAAACGGCUAGUGGGACAUGUGUGCGAUAGCGGAGAGGGGUUUACACGGAGUACUUUGAAGGGGGUAUGAUGAAAGCAGUAACUAUCUGGGGGCAUCCUAUUCAGGGUGUCUGCAGCUUGCUUUUAGUGCUUUCUGUGCACUGCCGGAGACCCCCGAUCAAGCCCGGCUAGAUUUGUCAGGAGUCGAGCCUGACAACAAGCUCCCAUCCGCCGUAGAUGAGAGAAGCCCGUUUUCUGCCACAGAGGUGGGCCAGCUGUGUCCUUCCCAGCCGAUGCUAGGCUUCUCAUUCAGCGUGGCUAGUAAAGAUGGGAAAUAAGGCUAAUUCCUCCUUGCCGGCUCUCCCGCCACUGUUACCCCUGCCAAAGCCAGGGGCUGUCAGGCUUCUGAAUUCAAAGCUGAGGGCGGAAGCGUCAGCAGGCCGUCUCGCCGCGUUUGCAAAGUGCUCCCGGCUGCCUGGAUGGGUUUGGAGCUCGAUUGCCCAUUAGCCACUGGAAGAAGUUUGAUAAGGGCCGUCUCCCGGUCCCAUUGAGUACAUCCAGCCUGGGGUCGGACUUCCCCGCUGGAGCAGUGUGCCACUGGGACUGGGUGUCUCACACUCUGGUCUCCACCUCAGCACUGCAGAGUCCUCCGCACGAGCUGCCACGAUGGAUGAGGGAGCUGUGGGGGUGGCUGCAUGUUAGGCUUGAGCAGCAGUAGCAUGGUGGUGGGGGGGGGUCUGAUGCAGUGGUUCCUGGCUGUCUUCCAGGCUAGCCAGCAUUUCAUGAGCAAGAAAACGGACUCCAGUGUCAAAGGGCAGGGGUGGGACGCUAACUGACGUUGUCCUUUGGGGGUGAGUGAGGCAUCGGGUGCAGGGGGUUGUUCCACACAUUGCUAGACGUCUUACUCAUUGUACUGAAGGCCAGACUACGACUUACAGACUCAUUUCCUUUGGUGUGUCACCGCAUUCCUCUCUCUGCAAAGGGACGGGGGAGGAGGAGUUGACAAGCUGCUUAAUAGAAAGACACAAGUAGAGAACAGAAUCUGCUCACGUGCCUGGGGGUCUCUAGCAUUGCCCACCCACACAACACACACACUCGCUAGUUGUUUCUCUUUAUCUUCUCCUGGAAGGGUGGAGGGGACUAGAGUAGCCAUAGCAAAUGCCAGCUGUAGGAGCUGAUCUGCUUGGAGGAAGGUGGUGGGAGAAGAGGUGCCAUUUGUGAGAGCCAGCCUGACUAUGCCAGAUGAGUCCUUCCCCCUCCCAAGAAGUCUGCCUCUCUAAUCUUAACCAAGAGCUUUGCACAGGAUGCUGGAGUUUUCAGCUGGGAAAGCUCUUGCUUAUUGGCCUUGGGGAGGUGGGGAGUAGGGGGGAGCCUCUCCUGUCCCUUCAUAGCAUUGCUGGAGUUUUCCUAGCUCUUCGGAGCUGUCUGUCCCUAACUGAGACGCGCACAGAGGUUUACAAGUUUUCUACGCUUUUGAUCAUGUGAAGCUCCGGGGCCGAGAUUGCUGUUGAGCGCACUGCAGCGAUGUAAUUUUUUUUGGUGUACGUAUGUAAUAUUUAAAGGUUAAAAACAAAAUUUAAAAAGGCAAAACCUUAAAAAAAAAAAAUGAAAAAAAACCACACACAAAGCCAAAGCAUGAUUUAUAUUGUUAGCCUUAAAACUGGCUACCUGACACUGCGAUGUACAAAUAACAGCCUGUAACUGUUUGAAGUGCUGGGGAGGGGCGGGGAAGAAAUAUUACAAAAUCAGUUUGUAGCCUUGAUUCUGUACAGUAUUUAAAAACAAACAAUGGAACUGCCUAUUACCGAGGCCAUGCUUAGAGGUGUGUUGUUCACGUGCAGAUGUGAAUGCCGGGUUGCUUACCAUAUAUGUAUAAAGUGCUGUGUGACUUACUUUUUUUUUUACCUGCAAAAUUUUUUUUGGUUUGGCUAAUUAAGAUGUAAUAAAGGAGAAAAAGGUGAUUUGCCAUUAAAUUUUGCCUCUGUGAA